AUGCAGAACACAACGAAUAAUCGCAAGCGCCCAGCGCCUGGCACAUCACCUCUGAUCCAGCAGCAAAACAUGGUCUCGCAGCCAUAUCAGCCCAUCCAGCAACUCCCGGACACAACCGACUUCACCAACUUCGACUUCUCCAACCCCAUGCCUACUGGCCUGGAAGACCCCAAUUCUGCCUUCAACGUCAACAACAACUUCAACUAUGCGCUCAACAAUGCGCAGCCUCCAAUCUAUGGCGGCAACAACAUCGCACAGCCUGUUUCGUCCACCGAGCUGGUGCGCAGGUCACAGAAUCAGCAGUUGGCUCCUCAGACGCGCGUGCAGCCGGAUCAAUGGAACGGGUUGGGGAAUACCAACGCUCAAGUGCAGAACGCGGACCAAGUCGACGAUGAAGAUGAGCAGGAGUUGGACCGCAGGGUCGCGCUCGCCAAGAAGGAUGCUCAGGGAAAGCGGAAGAAUAUCCUGCCCUUUGUGCAAAAGUUGAGCAGUUUCUUGGACAACAACAAUACCGAUUUGAUCCGUUGGUCAGACGAUGGCCGUUCAUUCAUUGUGCUGGACGAAGACGAAUUCGCCCGGACUCUUAUUCCUGAAGUCUUCAAGCACAACAACUACGCGUCUUUCGUGCGACAGCUCAACAUGUACGGCUUUCACAAGACCGUCAACAUCACCGAUGGCUCUCUCCGUCAAUCGGAAAAGGCGCGCAAGGGUGUCAAGCCGCCUAGCAUGUACUCACAUCCCUUCUUCCGACGGAACCGACCUGACCUGCUGUGGCUGGUCCAAAAGCCGGCGGGCGGAGCCAAGGGUGCGAAGAGGAAGAGGGAUGGCGGGGAUGACAGCGAUGAAGGAAGGUCACAUUCUCCGCUUCCAGAGUCCGGGCCACUCGCAAGUGGUGCGAACAGUGCGAAUCAAGAUGUGGCUCAACUCCCUCGCAACGAGCUCGUUGCCGUACGGCGCGAACUGCAAAACCUUCAAACACAGCAGAAGUUCAUCAGCCAGAUGAUUACGCAACUGCGCGAGCAGAACGAUCAGUUUUACCGACAAGCGACGGCGUUUCAAGCACUGCAUGACCGACACGAAAACUCCAUCAACGCCAUCCUCACAUUCCUCGCCACCUUCUACCGACAAGGCCUGGAAGGACAUGGAGCGGCGAAUCUGGUCAACAUGUUCACGAAUCCGCCAGGGAGCCAGCAACAGCAUGGCAGUGUGGUGGAGGAGUUUCAUGACAACACUCCCACCCCAGCUAACAGCCAACAGGUGCAGAGAUUCGUCAAGAAACCUCCCUUACUGCUGCCUGGCCCAGCCGCGCCAAACACCAAUCCAGGCAGUGCCGGGACAGAGGCCAGCUCUGCGAAUCCAUCACAGAGUCCACCGAACGAUGCAUCGAAUACAGGAGCUGCUUCCAACGCCACGCAAGCCGACAGUGCGAAGCCGCCGCAGACGCCCGUCAUCAAGAACGAAGCGCAAACUCCCAACCAAGAGCAAAUGAUGAACCUCAUCAACAACGUCAACGCCAGCACCAGCCAAGCAUCCACCCCCAACACCUCCUCCGCCGCUCCAGCAGUAGACAUGAAUUCCAUCGUCGACCGUAUCAAGCAGAACAACUCACCCCUCACCGCGCAGCAGCGAGACGACAUGGUCAACUCCGUCCUGGGCAACAAUAACAACAACAGCUCCUCUUCCUCCAACACCAACGCCGUCACCUCCUACAAAAACGCAACCGACAGCGCAGAGCAAUGGAAAGAGCAAAUCGACCAGUCCCACCACGCCCUCGACUACCUGCAACAACUGCAACGCCAGCAAGACGAGAAAGUGCAGGAGCUCAACCGCCGCUUGCAACCCCUCAGCCCCACCGGCACGAUUCCCGGCUUGCAUAAUUUCACGGGCAACGGAGGCGAGCAGCAGGAUUUCUUCGACGGGGUCAAUAUCGGUGCGCCGGGCGACUACGAUCCCGCGGCUUUUAUCAACUUUGACGAGCCGCAGCCUUGGGAGUUGGGCAGUCAGGCGGGCGGGGAAGGGGAUGCGGGCAACUUUGAUUUUGACUUCGAUGCGGCGGGGAAUGCUGGGGGUGAUGAUUGGGCUGCGGGCCUGGGUGGGGAUAUGUUUGGGAGUGCUGCGGGCGAUGAGGGCGCUGGGGACGGGGAUGGAAGUGGUAAAGAUGGCAAUGCGGAUGGAGCGAGGGUGGAGAGUUUGAGUGGGAGUGAGGCGGCUAGUCCUGCUGCUCCUGCUGCUUCUGGUGGCGAGGAGACGGGGCAUGCUAGCAAGAGGACGAGAAGGUCUUGA